AUGGCCAGUGCGCACGCCGGCGACUCGAUCAAGCUGUUAUUUGGCGGCAACGGGCACUCGCGCGCUGAUUUCGGAGGUGUGAGGACAGGGGAUGCAGGGCGUGUGGCCGUGUACUGGAAGGGGGAAAAGGAGCGUGAGAUUGUGGAUGUGGCGGAGUAUACAGAGGAGAAUAAGGUACAGGAGAAUGGGUUUUCGGAGGAGAGUUUUGCGUAUCCGGAGGAUGAGGGGGUGGUUAGUCCGCCCGAGUUGCAGGAUAAGGGGAAUUAG